AUGGCGUCCCCACCCGCUAACCACCCGUUCAUGCGUCCGGCGAUCGCGACAGUAACCCAGAACGCUCAGAACGGUGGUACAGGAACAGCGUACUACAGCCCACCUUCCGCGUCGCCGCCGCAGGCGUUUGAGCGCAAGUCGUUGUCGCCGCGGCCUCCGUCGUCGCUCUCCGCCGCGCCGCGCUCGCGGCCAACGUCCCCCGCUACGCCAUCACAGCAGGACAAGUUUGGCUCGCUGAACGGCAGCGCGAAGCCGGAGGCGUUCCACGAGCCGUGGCUCGAGGAGCAGCCGCCGAAGAAGCUGACGAGAUGGGAGGAGAAAGUCCAGGGUGACCUUGCUGGAUGGCGCGGUGGACAAGGCGUGCCCCAGGCCGGCGUGCCGAAUUCGACGUAUUACGGCCAGCCGCAGACGGGCAUGAUCGGGCGCGACCUGCCCAAGGAGAUUGUUCGCAUUGAGCGCGACUGGCACCUCGGCGACAUCUGCCAGUUCUCGACGACCUUCCCGCUCGAGCUUGAGUCGCGCAUUAGCCCUGCCAAGUUCACUGCGUUCAUCGAGGAGAUCAACGUGCCCCUGCGCGAGGCGUACUCUGUCAGCGGGGCUGUCAUGGACAAUCUGCUUGCGAUUGCGACGUGGUGGACUAGUCUGAUGUGGCACACGAGUCACUUCGAGAAGGAGCUUCGACGUGCUGAGGCCAUUAUUCGAUCAUUUAACGAGUCAACGUUCAACCCGAUCGGUCUUAACGUUCUUUCCCCGCGCGACGUCGCGCUGCAGUACCUCGAGAUCGAGUGA